UGUGAGCUGUACCGUGGUUCUGCCGCUUUGAGGCGAGCUCCGGUGUGUGUGUGUGCGCGAGCGAGCGAGUGUGUGUGUGUGUGUGUCUGCUCCGCUGCUGGUGCCCUUUGAUCCCUGCAUUAGUGUUAGUUAGGGGCUCGGAGACACACACUUAGCUUCAGAGAGAGCAGCCAUAGACAAGACACGGCAACAACAACACCCCCCUUCUCCCGUGCUCCCGUUCCCAACAAUACACUCUAAACCGACGACAGCCAGGUGCACGACAAGUCCUUGCCAUCCGCGGCUCCCUCACAAUUUCAAUGGAAAAAAUCCUUUUUUAUACUUAUCCCUAAAUACGGAGGAGAAUGUGAAAAAGGGCGACAAUGCCCCGCAGGAAGCAGGAGCAACCCAAGCGCCUGCCUUCACAUGUGGACAGUGGUGUUGAGGAGGGCGGGGUCAAGGCGGAGCCCGCAGAGGAUGACGGCUGGUUUGGGAACGCCUCGGACACCCCCUCCGAGUCGUCCUACGGGGACGACGCCCCGCUCGAGCAGGACGCCUCGGCCGAGAGCUCGGCGGGCUGCCCCACGCCCGUGCCACGGGCCUCUCUGGAGCUGCUGGGGCUGGACCGGGACUCCUUCCGGGCGGGGGCGCUGCCGGCCCAGGACGCGCUGUCUGCUGUGGUGUCCUCGCUGUACGGGGACACCUCCCAGGCGCUGGGGGCACCGCUGAGCAGCAACCUGCGCCGCCUCCUGGAGGUGAGGGAGCUGGCCGCGCAAGCGAAGGGAGGGACGUCGCCCCCAGUGCAUCUGUCCCCCUCCCCGUCCUCGUCCAAUCACCACGCCCAGCAGCUCAGCGCUCUCGCCCGCAAGCUGGCUGCUGGCACCCGCUCAGCCACACCCUCGCCCGCAUCUGGGACUCCCACUGCCACCAUCAAGCAGGAGGCGUGCGACCUCUUCGGCGGGGCGGCGAGCAACGGGGCCGUCGGCGGCCUGGUGUGGGCGGGCGGGGCGGAGGCGUGGCCUCCUGGCUCCUGCCCCGCCCCCAGCAGCCUAUCGCCGGACUCUGCCAUCCUGAAGCUGAAGGCCGCGGCCAAUGCCGCACUGCAGGAUAAGGGCAGCGCGGCUGCCUCUUCCUCCUCCUCCUCUUCCUCCUCCUUGUCGUCCUCCUCCUUGGCGACGGUCACGGAGGGGGCGGGGGAGGAGGGGGCAGUGCGCUUCGACACCUUCACCUCCCCCUUCAGCACGCAGUCGGCCAGCUCCACGCUGGCGGCCCUGUCCAAGAAGGUGAGCGAGCGCAGCCUGUCCCCCCCCGCCGGGGCCUUCCUCUCGCUGGGCUCCGUGGCCUCCUCCGCUGCCCUGCUGAAGGAGGUGGCCGCGCGUGCCGCCGGGAGCCUCCUGGUUGAUAAGAAGGAACCACCACCGGUGCUCACCCCCACCGAGGACAUCAAACCCCUGCUGGACAAGAGCCACAACCAGGCCCUAGACCUGCAGCCGGCCACCACUACCACCAAGGCCAAGGCCAACACCUGCAGCCAAGGAGUGUCUCCGGAGGAGGGAGGGAAGCCGUUCCAGUGCCCUGUGUGCGGCUUGGUGAUUAAGAGGAAGAGCUACUGGAAGAGACACAUGGUGAUCCACACCGGCGUCAAGAGCCACAAGUGUCCCCUCUGCCCCUUCCGCUGUGCCCGCAAAGACAAUCUGAAAUCCCACAUGAAGGUGCACCAGCACCAGGACCGCGGGGAGACCUUCCAGUGCGAGCUGUGCCCCUUCACCUCGUCCCGCCACUUCAGCCUCAAGCUGCACAUGCGCUGCCACCAGCACUGCCCCCACGCCGACGUCCCGGUGAAGGACGAGGCUGCCAGCGACAGCGAGGACGAGGGCGGCGCGCCGCAGGGGCUGGAGGAGGCGGCCGGGGGGCGGGGCUCCCCCGGCGAGGCGGCCAAUCGCAUCUGCGUGAAGGAGGAGCCCUUGGAGCGGGAGCUGUCGGCCCUGUCCCCCUUCAGCCUGUGCAGGGAGCGGCCCGCCAGCGAUGGGGGCUCCCCCGCGCCCCCCGCUGCCGCCAUCUUCAGCCCCGGCAUGAACGCCAAGACAGCCACCGACCUGCUCAUCAAACUCUCAGCGGCAAACCAGAAGGAGGCCCUGAAGGGCCCGGUUUGUGUGAAAGAGGAGCCCCAGGCGGAGGGGCCGGCGGCGGGCCAGCCGGGGUAUGUCCUGUGCCAGGAGGGAGCGGAGGGCCGGGCCCGGCACACGCAGAGAGGGCUGCUGAACAGCGCCAUGCUGAGCCAGGAUAUCAGCAACAAGGUGGCCUCGGAGCUGCUCAUGAAGCUGUCAGCAGAGAAGAAAGAGGCCAGUUUCCAGCAGGCGACGGUCAAGGCCGAGCCCAUGGAGGUGGACCCGCCCGAGGAGCCCCCGCCGACCCCCUCUCACCUGCUGGGCUUCAGCACCUUACCCGCGAGCGCCUGCGAGAGCGACCCGCUGGCCCGCUUCCCCGAGGCCGUGGGCUGCCCACAGAAGGCCCUCUUCUGCCAGGACAUCUCGGUCAAGAUGGCCUCCGAGCUCCUCUUCAAACUCUCAGAGAGAGUAAGCAAAGCUAACAGCCUCAAAGACGUCGGUCUGCUGGGCGCUAACAGCUCCUGCCGUGACGAGCGAAUGGGACAGAGCCCGUGCAACUCCAGCUCAAAGGCCUGCUGUUCCUCCAGAGGAGCUCCGAACGAUUCAGGGUCGGCCGGAUCGGACGCGGGGGACCAGGCGGCCCGCCGCACGCUGGAGGAGCAGCUGUACCCCUGCAGCGUUUGCGGGAAGGUGUUCGGCACACAGCAGACCCUCAGGCGUCACCUGUCUCUGCACACAGAGGAGAAGAAAUACAGGUGUCACCUGUGUCCGUACACCGCUAAAUGCCGAGCCAACCUCAACCAGCACAUCACAAUCCACUCAGCUGGGCCAGCCAGCGCUGAUACUGAGGAGGACGUCACCACAGCAACCACUGAGAGGAGCCAGCGCAACAACUGCCUGUAUUACUACAACUGCCUGGUGUGCGGGUUCCAGACGGAGUUAAGCGCGCAGUUCGUCAGCCACAUGUCCCUGCACAGGGACAGGGAGCAGUGGCUGAUCUCCCUGUGCUGCACCGCCUGCGAUUUCGUCUGCAGCGAGGAGGGCGAGAUGAAGACGCAUGUGAGCGCGGGCCACGCGGGCCUGCACCCCCGGAGUCCCCUGAGUGAGACCAAGAGCACGUCCUCCUCCCUGUCCACCCUCAGCGACUCGGUCAACAGCUCUGAAGGCAGCGAGCUUCUAGCCCCGCCCUCCUCCACAAGCAGCCAAUCAAGCUCCUGCAGCCAGUUGGGAUCCGGCGCGGAGGAGAAGGUGGAGAAAGGGGCUGGAGGGUUCGAGUGCGUCUUCUGCGCCUUUGCCUGCAAGACCCGGUCCGCAUACGAGCGGCACCUGCAGAUCCACCUGAUCGCGCGGAUGUUCGAGUGCGACGUCUGCCACAAGUUCCUCAAGACCCCCGAGGAGCUGCUGGAGCACAAGAAGUGCCACGCUGCCCCCUCUGGAGGACUCAAGUGUCCCCUCUGUAUGUACUCCACCAGCCGCCCGGCCGCCCUGGACAGUCACCUGAAGACGCACUGCAAGGCGCAGUUCCACUGCCGGAUCCGCCAGGCAGUCAAGCCCAGCCAGCUGGAGCUGGACCGGCACGUCGGCGAGCGCCGGCCAGCGGGCGGCCGCUACAGGUGCGAGCAGUGCGGCCACCUGUCCAAGACCGCCAACAAGCUGGCGGAGCACACGCGCGUGCACACGGGCGAGCGGCCCUUCCACUGCGACCGCUGCGGCUACAGCUGCAGGCGCAAGGACAACCUCAACGUGCACAAGAAGCUGAAGCACGGGCUGCGGCAGCCCCUCAGCUGCCCGCAGUGCACCUUCUCCACCGCCCACCCCUGCGCCUUCAGCCGGCACGCCCGCAAGCAUCGCGAGGAGGGGGAGGGCGGGCUGCCGGGGGGCGGGGAAGGCCGCAGGGGGGGAGGGCUCCCGGGCGGGGCCAGUGGGGCCAGGGGGGGGCGGAGCAGUGGGGCCAGCAGCCCCCUCCUUGGCAUGUCGGCCUCCCUCGCCCUGCGGUCGGUGGCGCUCUCCGUCACCAGCAGGCAGCGGAAAUCCUCCCCCGCGCGCUGUUACCUCCCGGCCAAUGGCUGCUCCCCCCCUCCCUCGCCCUCACCCUCGCCCUGCGAGAGGUACCGGAACUGCCACCUGGCCAGCCUCGUCCCCCUCACCACCCUCUUCGGCUCCGCCCGCUUCGGGUGGAACGGCACAUUCCACUCCCACUCCCCGCCCUUCUCCGGACUCCACCCCGCCUCGCACUCCCCGCCCUCGCCCUCCCUGUCACCCACCUCGCUCAAGCACUCCUUUCUGGCCUACCUGGGCCUGACAGAGAAAGCAGAGACCGUGUGACGGUAACAAG